AUGAUCGAGUCACAGGCGCUUGAUACGGGCCACUUCCGUUUGCUGAUUGAUGAGUACCAGGCCGUUCUAGCGUUCUGGAAGACUCAUCUGGUUGGUCACAUACUUGCCCUUGUCCGUUGCAAUACAGGUCUGGUUGCGCUUGGGGGCAUCGUAUUUUGUCCAAUCCUGACCAUCGUCCAACUGGAAUCUGGUCGCCCUGUCGUCUUUUGUGGCGCUUAA